CCCCAUCACUGCUGGCUCCUGAUAGGCUGUCCGAUCUGUCCGUCUCCACAAAGGACUGUGCGCAGGCUCGGCAGGGCGGGGACCUCGGCUGAGUGUUGGCGAUUCGGAGCUGCUGGAGCUGUCCAAGAUGGCAGAGGUGGAGGAAACUCUCAAGAGGCUUCAGAGCCAGAAAGGAGUGCAGGGCAUCAUCGUGGUGAACACUGAAGGCAUUCCUAUCAAGAGCACAAUGGACAAUCCCACCACUACACAGUACGCCAACCUCAUGCACAACUUCAUCUUGAAGGCACGGAGCACUGUGCGUGAGAUUGACCCCCAGAAUGACCUAACCUUCCUUCGAAUUCGCUCCAAGAAAAAUGAAAUUAUGGUGGCACCAGAUAAAGACUACUUCCUGAUUGUGAUUCAGAAUCCAACUGAAUAAUCCAAGGUCUUGGCUUCCUGUGUCAUUCCUUAAUUUAAUGUCCCCCAAGAAAAAUAGCGUUAAUCAUGUCAGUGGGCACAUGGUGACUGCCUGAGAACCCAUGUAGACCAUGCCAUUGAUCAAGGGUAGCUCUGCCCACCCCACCAAGGAGUGCCUCUGAUGAUCCAGUCAGUCCCUGGGAAAGCUCAGUUCUCCUUUCUAGGCUUUGGAAUAAGAGCUUAUGAUAAGCCCACACCCAGCUUUCUUCUAACCUGCGGUUCACUUUGUCCCCCUUGGAAAGCUGUUUUUGUUUUUUAAACUAAAAAUUACUUCAAGCCCC